AUGCACAAAUACGAUGGGAACAGAUUGGAUUACUCCUUACCAUCUCCAGCUGAGGCGGCCAGAGAAGAACUUUCACAGCUUAUAAAAGAAGAAAGUCAUCCGGCUAUGAAAUUAAUUCCAAAUGAAGCAAGCGAGAAAUUCAACUGCAGCAUUAAAAAGCUUUAUGCUUCUGGAAGAAAUUUUAAUUCUGUUAUUAUAAGACCAACUAGCUGCUACGUUGAAUCUGAGUUUGGAGAAGUGAAGCACAAUAUAUUAAAUAAUGUUCACGGUUCAAUUCGAGCUGAUAAAUUUUUUAAAAUUCAUUUCGGGGCUUUAAAAGCCCAUGCAUUAAUAGCAUCUUCGGAAAUUGGAAAAGUUCAAAUAAAUAAUCGUAUUAAAACAAAAUCGAAGGAUCUAAAGCCAACGGAGAAAAUUGCAACUCGACUUUCUGAUUUCAAUGAGAAUAUUGAGAUUGAUCCAGGAUCACUAAUCGAAUCUCCUAAAAAUCAAGUUAAUCAAGAAAUUAAUAGUAUAACUGGCAAUCAGGUGAUAUCUGAAGUUUUACCAGUGAAUGACAAGAUCUUUGAACUUCCAAGUUUUGAUGAAAAUAUAAGUGCUCCCAUACAUCACAGCACUCCAAUUAAUAUGGAAUCUCUUAAUAUUCAAACAAAUCACGACGAUGAAGGAUUACGUUUGUCACCGAAGUUGCCUAAUUCUGAUUUAUUUAAGUACGAAAACUGGAGAAAUAAAGGAAAAGUAGAAAGUGAAGAAUCAUCAAAUCCCAUAAUAGUGUCGGAACGAAUAAAAAGGACACUUAAGAUUAAGGAAAGGAAACCUUCGAAAUACUUUGACCGUGUCCAGACUUCAAUGUCAAGCAAAAAAUAGCUACUAAUGCUAAAGUAGUAAACGUAGUAAAAGCAAAGGACAGAAUUUUGUCUAAUGGAAACAAUUUCAAGCAGCCAAUAGUAGUAAAUAUUGUCAUCCACAAAGAAUCUCUCAGAUUUGGAGGAAUUAUUGUACAUGUUGAUGGCAAUCAUUACAUGGCAAUAUGCCGACGAUCAAGUGGACGCUGGGAGUUGUAUAACGACUGCGCAAAAACUGUCACUCAAUUUAAGAAAAAAGAAGAUAUUUCACCACACGCAAUUAUUUAUAUAAAAAACGAAACCGAAUUCUAAUUUAUUUGUUAUUUAUCCUCAAUUCUAAUGUUGAACGAAAUCACUAAUGAUACUUAUAAAAUUGGUAAUUUUAAGUAAAUAUUAAGAACUUGU